UUUGAAAGUGAAUCUAAUCAAACGAAAUAAACCACUGCAACACAGAAGAACUAGCAACCUAUACCAAAAAGGAAGAAGAACAAUUGAAAUGCAAGAUGGGACUGUUAUUGCUGUGAGCCAUUUCAUAAACCCACAUUUGUUUUGGUAUCACAGCGUUCAAGAUUUCCGUGAAUUAACUGAAGUAGAACAGCAAUUACAAACGAUAAGCACAGGAAAACAUUUUGCUUACCAUCCAAAAGUAGCGGAAAAGGUAGCAGUAAAUUUUGUGGCCUGGAAUAAAAUUGUACGUGCCAAAGUAUUGUGUGAGGCAAAAUGGCUGAACGAAUUUAUUGUUUGGGCGUUAGAUUACGGAUUUCCUUUUCGGACCAAGAAGCAGUAUAUAUUUCGCCUGCCCCCAGAAAUGAUGAGUGAAAUUGAUCACAUUCGACGUGGUGGUUUGGCAAAUAUUUUGCCAAGUGGAAGUGAAUAUGAUUACAUAGAAGAUAAAGUGGUAACAGUUACAAAAGACAAUUGGGAGCAGAAAGCUUGCGAUAUUUUGGAAAAAUUACUAACGGACGCUGCGUCAAUCACUUUUGUUGAAGAAUUUCAAUCAAAAGACGAUCAUCGUUGGGGCAACUUGAUUGUUGUAAAUCAUAUGGGUCGAGCUUUUAGUGCCCGCGAACAUUUAUUAUCAGCUAAACUUGCUUUAGAGUUUCCAAAAUUUCAAGGUAUCGCCCUUAAACUAAAGACAAUUAAUAUUCAACCACAGCUAUCUAACUCUGGCAAAUUAACAAUGCGAACUAAUACCAGCAAAGAAAACAUGGCUAACUUUUUUUCAACACAAAGAUCGAGACGUGGAGCUGAUGAUUUUGCUAAAAAUAAGGUCGAAGAGUGGCGUGUUCGUAAUAAACACGAGAAUAACAUAAUAGAUGCGAUGUCAAAAACUUCUAUAGGAGAGAAGAAACACGUAAUCUCUACCGGCAAUAAAGAGUCUAUGCAAUUUACGCAGCAGCUGUCUAACAAUGGCGAAUUAACGAAGGGGACUAGUACCAUCUCAGUCAGCUCGAUUGACCUUUUCCCAUCGCUAAGCCCGCGGCGUCCAGUCGGUAAUUUUGGGAAAGAUAAGGUCGAAGACUGGCGGGUCCGUAAUAAAUGUGAGAGCAAUAUAGUUAGUGCGAUAUCAAAAAGUAGUUCUGUAGAAGUGAAAACACAGGCAAUCUCUACCGAUAACAACGAAUCCAUGCAAUCUGCAGAGCAGUCAACAAAUAUGUCUUAUAUUGGAAGUUCAAUCAAUAACCAAGAUAAAGAAGAAGACAUGCCUGCUAACUUCAUGUCCACAAUAAACACAAACAAACUGAAUCCUGUUAAAAUGGAAAAUAUGAGCAUUUCACCUGGUUCGAGUAUUGGCUUCCCUUGUUUUAAAAAAAUGAGCCAGGAGGACUCUAACAAGAACUUCUCGUCUCCUUACGAUGAACUUACCAUAAUCCCGGCAGGCUUCGACGUUACUCGUUUGAAUACGUAUCGUAACGAAGAAACUCAUUGGCAUCGUAAAAAAACAACGCGUAGAAAUAAUCAAUAAAUACCCAAACAGAUUGUAGAGAACAGAAUGGGUUUGUUUUAGGAUGCUUUAGUGAUAUCAAGUAAAAAGCCCGAGAAGACUGGGGAGCCAACAAAGCAAACACCGGGAAAUAUGGAAUUGCGGAGAGCCUUUAAUAUCGGCUAUUGACAUAAACAUGCAAUAAGUAUCAUUUUACUUUA